GAAACACCAACUACUGCCUUCGAAACCACGUCUUACACCUACUGGACUGGUUCUACAGCCAACACCUUGUCGACUGUUACCACCACCUUCACUGGUACCGAUGGUAUCGAGACCACCGAGACAAUCUACAUUGUCGAAACACCAACUACUGCCUUCGAAACCACGUCUUACACCUACUGGACUGGUUCUACAGCCAACACCUUGUCGACUGUUACCACCACCUUCACUGGUACCGAUGGUAUCGAGACCACGGAGACAAUCUACAUUGUCGAAACACCAACUACUGCCUUCGAAACCACGUCUUACACCUACUGGACUGGUUCUACAGCCAACACCUUGUCGACUGUUACCACCACCUUCACUGGUACCGAUGGUAUCGAGACCACGGAGACAAUCUACAUUGUCGAAACACCAACUACUGCUUUCGAAACCACGUCUUUCACCUACUGGACUGGUUCUACAGCCAACACCUUGUCGACUGUUACCACCACCUUCACUGGUACCGAUGGUAUCGAGACCACGGAGACAAUCUACAUUGUCGAAACGCCAACUACUGCUUUCGAAACCACGUCUUACACCUACUGGACUGGUUCUACAGCCAACACCUUGUCGACUGUUACCACCACCUUCACUGGUACCGAUGGUAUCGAGACCACCGAGACAAUCUACAUUGUCGAAACGCCAACUACUGCUUUCGAAACCACGUCUUACACCUACUGGACUGGUUCUACAGCCAACACCUUGUCGACUGUUACCACCACCUUCACUGGUACCGAUGGUAUCGAGACCACGGAGACAAUCUACAUUGUCGAAACGCCAACUACUGCUUUCGAAACCACGUCUUACACCUACUGGACUGGUUCUACAGCCAACACCUUGUCGACUGUUACCACCACCUUCACUGGUACCGAUGGUAUCGAGACCACGGAGACAAUCUACAUUGUCGAAACACCAACUACUGCUUUCGAAACCACGUCUUACACCUACUGGACUGGUUCUACAGCCAACACCUUGUCGACUGUUACCACCACCUUCACUGGUACCGAUGGUAUCGAGACCACGGAGACAAUCUACAUUGUCGAAACACCAACUACUGCUUUCGAAACCACGUCUUACACCUACUGGACUGGUUCUACAGCCAACACCUUGUCGACUGUUACCACCACCUUCACUGGUACCGAUGGUAUCGAGACCACCGAGACAAUCUACAUUGUCGAAACACCAACUACUGCUUUCGAAACCACGUCUUACACCUACUGGACUGGUUCUACAGCCAACACCUUGUCGACUGUUACCACCACCUUCACUGGUACCGAUGGUAUCGAGACCACCGAGACAAUCUACAUUGUCGAAACACCAACUACUGCUUUCGAAACCACGUCUUACACCUACUGGACUGGUUCUACAGCCAACACCUUGUCGACUGUUACCACCACCUUCACUGGUACCGAUGGUAUCGAGACCACGGAGACAAUCUACAUUGUCGAAACACCAACUACUGCUUUCGAAACCACGUCUUACACCUACUGGACUGGUUCUACAGCCAACACCUUGUCGACUGUUACCACCACCUUCACUGGUACCGAUGGUAUCGAGACCACCGAGACAAUCUACAUUGUCGAAACACCAACUACUGCUUUCGAAACCACGUCUUACACCUACUGGACUGGUUCUACAGCCAACACCUUGUCGACUGUUACCACCACCUUCACUGGUACCGAUGGUAUCGAGACCACCGAGACAAUCUACAUUGUCGAAACACCAACUACUGCUUUCGAAACCACGUCUUACACCUACUGGACUGGUUCUACAGCCAACACCUUGUCGACUGUUACCACCACCUUCACUGGUACCGAUGGUAUCGAGACCACGGAGACAAUCUACAUUGUCGAAACGCCAACUACUGCCUUCGAAACCACGUCUUACACCUACUGGACUGGUUCUACAGCCAACACCUUGUCGACUGUUACCACCACCUUCACUGGUACCGAUGGUAUCGAGACCACGGAGACAAUCUACAUUGUCGAAACGCCAACUACUGCUUUCGAAACCACGUCUUACACCUACUGGACUGGUUCUACAGCCAACACCUUGUCGACUGUUACCACCACCUUCACUGGUACCGAUGGUAUCGAGACCACCGAGACAAUCUACAUUGUCGAAACACCAACUACUGCUUUCGAAACCACGUCUUUCACCUACUGGACUGGUUCUACAGCCAACACCUUGUCGACUGUUACCACCACCUUCACUGGUACCGAUGGUAUCGAGACCACCGAGACAAUCUACAUUGUCGAAACACCAACUACUGCUUUCGAAACCACGUCUUACACCUACUGGACUGGUUCUACAGCCAACACCUUGUCGACUGUUACCACCACCUUCACUGGUACCGAUGGUAUCGAGACCACGGAGACAAUCUACAUUGUCGAAACACCAACUACUGCCUUCGAAACCACGUCUUACACCUACUGGACUGGUUCUACAGCCAACACCUUGUCGACUGUUACCACCACCUUCACUGGUACCGAUGGUAUCGAGACCACCGAGACAAUCUACAUUGUCGAAACGCCAACUACUGCUUUCGAAACCACGUCUUACACCUACUGGACUGGUUCUACAGCCAACACCUUGUCGACUGUUACCACCACCUUCACUGGAAGUGGCGGCAUUAUUGAUACUGAUAGUUUUUCCGUGAAAUAUUCUUCUCUUAUUGGUUAUAGUUCUUCUUAUGAGUUAGAAAGUACAUCUUUUAUUUCAAGUAAUAUUAUGGUUAGUUCUUCCUCUAAUAUAGUGGAGUCAUCGGUAUUAUAUUUUAAUUCUUCAGUUUGGUUAUCGUUAUCAGAUUUUUCUGAUGAAUCUGUUACGUCUCUGUUAACUAGUUUACAUGAGUCAAGUUCUAAGGUUAUUGAUAUUGAGACAACUACUUCUAGUCUAGUAACCACUCCAUGGAUUAGUGAUUAUACAGUCACGAAGACUAGUCAAUCAUUUGUUUCAGUCACAAGUAGUUUCAAUGUAUCGACAUUUGAAGGUUCGGCUAAUAAUCUCAUCAAGAAUGAUAUGCUUUACCUUAUUUUCACUGUGUUGUUAUCAGUGGUACUAAUUUAA